UGCGUUUCCAUACCCAAGGAUAAGGCCCAGUAUAUAAAGCAAACCUGAUACCCAAUUCACGUUAAACGCGUAGUUGUACCCACAGAUGGCACACAUGCGAGUGAAAAUGGCCUCCCUAAAAAUAUGUUCUCUAAGCUCUAAACAAUGGGCGAGCUUGUCAUCGGUUAUAUUUUUACAGCCCUCGGCAGCAUACAGUACUGAGAUAAAUGUCAACACUCGUAUGUCGGCCUUUCGACGAGGAACUGGGGGAAGAUCUAGCUUUAAUGGAGUUGUAGCCACGGUAUUUGGGGCAAGUGGUCAUCUAGGAUCUUCUAUCUGCAAUAAGUUUGGAAAUACAGGCACCCAGUUGGUGAUUCCAUAUAGAGGUGACUUUUAUGAUGUCCAGCCCCUGAAACUCUGCGGGGACCUGGGCCAGAUCUACUUUACUCCUUACAACCUCAAGGAUGAGGAUAGCAUCAGGAAGGCUAUGAAGCACUCCAAUCUUGUUAUCAAUGUGAUCGGCAGAGAAUGGGAGACAAAGAACUUUACAUUUGAUGACAUCUAUGUAAAAGGCCCAAAAACUAUUGCACGAAUUGCAAAGGAGUGUGGUGUAGAGAGAAUGAUCCAUGUUUCUACUUUAAAUGCCACUGAACAUCCUGUACCUCUAAUGUUGAAAGAAGGUUCCAAGUAUUUGUCUGCCAAAUGGAGAGGUGAAUUGGCUGUUCGGGAAGAAUUUCCAGAAGCCGUUAUUUUCCGCCCAUCAGAUAUUUACGGCUCGGAGGAUCGAUUCAUAACAUACUACGCUGCCUUUUGGCGGCGUCAAGGAUCAGGGAUGCCCCUGUGGAAGAAGGGAGAAAAAACUGUUAAGCAGCCUGUUUUCGUUUCAGACCUAGCACAAGGUAUUCUCAAUGCUGCCAGAAACUUUGAUACCAAUGGACAGGUUUACCAAGCCAUCGGACCCAAGCGGUACCAACUUGGAGAACUAGUCGAUUAUUUCUAUCGUGUCAUGCGUAAAGACAAAGAUUGGGGCUACUUCCGUUAUGACAUGCGUUUUGAUCCUCUGUUCCCGUUGAAAGUUUUUCUAACAGCGAAACUUCCUGGAUGGCCAAUCGCAUCUCUCGGAUGGGAUAAAAUUGAACGAGACCAUGUCACCGACUGUGUUGAUAAUUCUCUGCCCACGUUGGAGGAUUUGGGAGUUAGUUUAACACGGAUCGAAGAUCAAGCACCUUGGCUAUUGAAGCCCUAUCGAGCCCAUAAUUAUUAUGAUGAGGAUUUGGGAGAAUUUGAAAAGCCUGCUCCCCCUCCUGUUGUCGCCUAAUUUCAAGGAGCUCCUAUAGUCAUCCUAUUGGCUAUUAUGUACAUGUUUUCAUUCGAGUUGGAUUAAACAAGUAGUCUAUAAAGUGAAAAGAACCGAGAUCAAAAUUCAAA